AUGACAGUCCCUACCUUGAGGAUAGGCGUCGACGUCGGCGGAACAAACACAGAUGGCGUCAUCCUCGAUCCAACCUCCUCCUCCCCUUGCCUCGGCAUCCUCGCCACCCAAAAGACCCCAACAACACCCAACCCAAGCACCGGCAUCACAACCGCAAUCUCGCACAUGUUCUCAACCUCCAGUAUCCCCCCCUCCCGCAUCGCAAGCGUCACAAUCGGCACAACGCACUUUAUCAACGCCGUAGUAGAACAAGACGCCUCUCGCCUCGCCCCCGUCGCCGUCAUCCGCCUCUGCGGUCCCUUCUCCGCAACCAUCCCCGCCGGCGUCGACUGGCCUCCCGCCUUGCGCAACAUCAUCUGCGCCCACCGCUCUCUGGUGGACGGCGGGCUGGAGAUUGACGGUGACUUGAUUGCGGAGCUCGAUGAAGAUGCCGUGCGGCGCGAGGUGAAGGUUAUCCGCGCCAAGGGAAUUGGGAGUGUUGUCGUUGUGGGAGUCUUCAGUCCCAUUGACGUCGUGUACAGACAAGAAGAGAGGGCGGCGGAGAUUAUUCGUGAUGUUUAUCCCGGAGCUGAUGUGGUGAUGUCAAAGGAUGUGGCGAAUAUCGGGUUCCUUGAGCGUGAGGACGCGGCUAUUCUCAAUGCUUCCAUCCUUCCAUUUGCUAGACGAACCAUCCGCUCCUUCCAGGAUGCCGUUACGCAGCUAGGCCUCACCUGCCCCGUCUUCGUGACGCAGAACGACGGGACCAUCCUGCCGGCUGCGGCGGCGGCGUGGUUGCCCAUCAGGACAUUCUCCAGCGGACCGACGAAUAGCAUGCGCGGUGCGGCGUUCCUCACGAGGAAUUUGGAGGGAGAGAAGGAGGGGGCGGGCCCGAUGAUGGUUGUCGAUAUCGGCGGGACAACGACGGACGUGGGUUUGUUACUGGCCAACGGGUUCCCCAGGCAGGCGGCAGCCUACAGCGAGAUCGCGGGGGUGCGGACGAACUUCUCGUACCCGGACGUCAAGAGCAUCGGUCUCGGCGGCGGAUCUAUCGUCAAGAAAGACGAGCGCACUGGCGAGAUGAUGAUCGGGCCACAGAGCGUGGGAUAUCAAAUCCAAACAAAGGCUCUCGUUUUUGGCGGCGAUGUUGCGACGGCUACGGAUUAUACUGUACUCGCAGAUCCAGACACCGUUGAUAUCGGAGACCGGUCUCUCGUUGAAGGUGUGAACGGCCUCGCUGAUGACUUAUCGGCGUUCGAGGCCAAGGUGAAGACGAUGCUGGAGCGGAGCGUGGACACGAUGAAGACCUCGCCCGAGGACAUACCCGUCGUUCUCGUCGGCGGGGGUGCGGUUAUUGCGCCGGAUGAGUUGAAGGGAGCGAGUAGGGUUAUAAAACCUGCGUGGUCUGAGGUUGCGAAUGCAAUUGGGGCUGCGACGGCAAGGGUUAGUGGUGUCGUGGACGCAAUUGAGAGUACUGAGAUGAAGACUGUGUCUGAAGUUGUGGAGGCGUUGUCGCGGAGGGCUGUUGAUCGGGCUGUUGAGAAUGGUGCUUUGAGGGAGAGUGUGACUAUUGCCGAGGUGGAAAGUUUUCCGUUGCAGAUAUGUUUCUGUGACAUGACGAGUAUGAUGAUGAAAGCUGACAGGAUGUUUUAUUGGCAGUAUAUUGCAAACAAGUCGCGAAUCAACAUCAAAGCCGUAGGAGAUUUCGACUUUUCCAGAACAGCGUCCCUGGACACAACCACGAUCCCAGACGACAUCGAGAACUACGACGAAGAAAUACCUAGACCACCGGCACCGCCUCGAAGCGAGGAAAUCCCAUCACCGCAACCCUUGGUCUACACAAAAGACUACAUUGAAGGCUACAAGCCAAGGGUCCUCAACCGCCAAUGGCAUCUCUCCGAAACAGACCUCGACUGGAUCACGACAGGCUGCUACAUCCUCGGCACAGGAGGCGGCGGCUCCCCCUACCAGCACAUGCUCCGCCUCCGCGAAAUGAUGCGCGCAGGCGCCACCGUCAAGAUCAUCUCCCCCUAUGACCUCAAGGACGACGAUAUUGUGGCCUGUGGCGGCGGAAAGGGGUCGCCGCAGGUAUCCAUUGAGAAGCCGUAUGGGGAUGAAAUCAUGGAGUCGCAGAGAGAACUCUACUCAUACCUCAAAACCAAGCCUACGGCCGUGAUAUCCCUCGAGAUUGGAGGUGGCAACGGCUUGCAGGGCCUCAUCCUCGGCGCCAGUACAAACCUCGAUAUCCCGACAGUGGACGGCGACUGGAUGGGUCGCGCGUAUCCCAUCUCCCACCAAACUACGCCAGUAGUCUUCGAAAAGAAACCGACGAUGAUUCCGUCGUGUAUAUCAGACGGGAACGGCAGAAUCAUGCUCAUGACAAAAGCCCGCACAGAACUCGACGCAGAACGCGCCUGCCGCGCCGCCCUCUCGCAAAUGGGCUCUCACGUAGGCUGCGCAAAGGGCCCCGUCAGCGGCCGCGAUACCAAGUCCUGGGUCGUCGAGAACACCGUCUCGCUCUCCUGGCGGAUUGGUCGCGCCGUAGCGAUGGCGCGGUGUACGAAUGCCAUCGACACAGUCGCCGAGGCCGUUUUGGACGUGGUUGGCGGGCAGGAGUCGGCGAGGGUGCUGUUUAGGGGCAAGAUUGUAGGCGUCGAGAGGAUUACAAGGAUGGGGCACGCCUAUGGGGAGAUUAUCAUUGAGGGGCAUACUGACGGCAGGAACGAUGGUGAUGGGGCGGUUGAGAGGUUUGUUAUACCGUUUAAGAAUGAGAAUAUUCUUGCGAAGAAAGUCGAUGCCAGUGGGAAGGAAGAUAUCCUCGCAAUCGUCCCAGAUCUAGUCUGCGUCCUCGACGCGCAGAACGGCGAGGCCCUCGGCACGCAAGAGUACCGCUACGGUCUCCUUGUGGUGGUGCUCGGCAUCACGGCGUCGGACAAGUGGACUUCCACGGCGCGGGGCAUCGAGAUUGGCGGACCCAAGGGGUUCGGAAUGGACGGGCUGGAAUAUGUGCCUCUUGGGACGUUUACGAAGCCUCGGAGCGUCAUUGAUGAGAAUGAGGGCUAUUCAUGA